AUGCUAAUGACACCACCCUUCAAGCAAACCUCUCUCGCAGCGUUUCAAUCAAGUUCGACCAUAUCUUCGAGCUCUACCAGCUCCGUCGACACCCUCGCUGCAUCAUUCAAGGCAUCUGCACCCCAAAGCAGUCUCCCCGUUAUCGACACCAACAUCAGCAAGUCAUCCAGAACACAAUCGUCCACUGCUAGUUCGAAGUCUUUGUCUCCAUCUCUCAAACUCGGUGCCAAGCAUACACUUGCAGCUCCGAAGAAGGUACGAUCGCCAUCGAAAAAGGACAUCUCUGCUGGUGCUCAAUGCGCGGUAAAAGCAAACAAGAUUGGUUCGCUUCUCAAUCACUCCGCAUCAGUCACACUCAAAGGCGAACGCAUCAGCGUCAAGGUACCCAAAAAGCUCCCCACACCGCGACUGAAGCCCAACUCAUCUCCGUAUGAGGGUCUCGUCGCACACCUCUCUCGCCACCACUCUUUCGCCGAGGCGCAACAAGUCGACCAGUACGCGGUGACCCCCGACUACUACCUCACGCAAUACCUCGAGACAGCACGCCUGGGCAAGUGCAGCCUGUACCAUCAAACAGAGACCUUCCUCCACGCCAACAAGCAUUUCUUGCUGUCGCAGAUCUUGCCCGGAGAGCCCCUGCCGGAGAGAAUCCCUCUCGAUGUCACCGAGUGGGUGAGCACGCUCCAACAACCUCCGACGCAUCUGUUGGCAGUGCAUUCAGACAGCGAAGCGGCCACACUCUAUGCCGUCCAUGGCCAGGUCUUGGCUCUGCAGUGUGUCUCGAUCCCCUUCCUGCCGGCCUCGGAUGAGACCCAGCAGCACGGUAAGGUGAUCCGACACACGCCCACACUCGCACUCCGUGUCCCCUCCGUUCCCCACUUCAACACGAUCAUGCGAUGGCUCUACUCACAAUCCACCACUUCGCUCCUGCAUGAAUUGCUGCCGCUAGAACACAUCGUUGCGUACCUCACGAAGCGCAGUCUCGCCCUGCGCAGCACUACUUCUUCUGCAGAUGCUUCGAAACCGGUAUCUCCACAAUCACCUGCCCAAACACCCAACCGGUCGUCGGCAGACAUCGUCGAAGCAAUGUCGACCUUGUCGACGCGCUACUUUCUCGAGUGCCUGCAAGCCAUCCAGGCUGUGUGGAAAAACGGGGUAGCGCUCGGCAUCGUCUCGUGGAACUUUUGGUCGACACUUGAUCAAGCGUGGAACCUCCUGAUGGGUGCCAUGGUUGUUUCGUCCAAGCACAAAGUCUGCACCACCGCCACGGUUGCUGCAACCGCAACUGCGAAUGAGUUGACGGCUCAAUUGCAGUCGACCAAGCUCGGUUGA